AUGAACAGUACUGCUGAUUUCACAUCUAAGGAUUCAAUGGAGUACUGGAAAAUCAUCCACAUCCCAGAGAAACCUCCUGUUGUUCCUCACCUCCAAGCUACUGUGGAUGUUCUUGCUUCUGUAAUUGAUCCUAAGCACGCCAACACCAUGGUCAGGAAGCUAAAUCACAUAGCACCCUUGGAAGGCCUCCGCCAUGUGAAGCGCAUACGGAAGACUUGUCUCGAUGGAGGAAAAAAUCAAUUAUUUGUGAUCUUAUGCACGGCUUCUGGAAAUGAGGGUGAGUCUGAAUUUUUGCCUGAGGGUGUAAUGGAGCUUGUGAAAACAUACCAGUUGAGUACUUUUACCACAAAGGUGUGCAAAUAUGCUGCAUCAACAAAAGAAGAAUGGGCAGAACAAUGCAAGUUGUGGCCGACUUCUUUUCAUCCACCCACCUACAAUAUUGAUGGCAUAACUGGAUUUAGCGAAGAAGGGUCAUUAUCAGUAUUCAACUUCAUGAAACUUGCAAUUCGUUUGGCAAAAUCUGGUCCCUUGGUUGUGAAUGCCGCUAUUAUAGUCGAUCCUUUGACUGGAAAGAUUAUAGGUAGCUCGUGCGACCUGGUCCAGCCUUGCAAUUUUAUCACCAACUGUUCUGAAAAUUUUCAAGAAGAACAAUCCUCGUCGAAUGAAGAAAAGCAUUAUUCUUAUAAGAAUGUCUCUUGUUUACAUCCUUUGGGUUGGCUCGAAAAACCACCUGAUUUGACUUCUGAUUCUUGGCACCCUUUACGACACGCUGCAAUUGUAGCUAUAGAAAAUUCUGCUGCAAGAGAUAGACUUCUUUUUCCUUUGGAGGGACAUAGCUUAGUGUUGGACCAAGAAAAUGGUGAGGUGUCCUUGAAAAGACAAAAGGUUGAGGAUGAUGAGAAAAUGGUUAGUAGUUCACAUGGUGACUCAACAAGACCUUAUUUAUGUACCGGCUAUGACAUCUACUUCGUGUGGGAGCCCUGCAUUAUGUGUUCGAUGGCAAUUGUUCAUCAGAGAAUAAGGCGAGUAUUUUAUGCAUAUCCGAACCCGAACGAUGGUGGCCUAGGGAGUGUUCACAGGCUGCAAGGAGAAAGAAGCUUGAACCAUCACUAUGCGGUUUUUCGGGUUUUGGUGCCUGAAGAGAUCAUAAAGACCGACGAAGCUUUACUAACAUCAUCCAACAGUUAA